AUGGCUUCAACUUCACAGGGAGGAAACAAUAAUGAAGACAUCGAGACAGAUUCGAGUGGUCGAUACGAAAGGUACAAUGAGAUCAUUGGAACAGGCAAAACGAAAACAGUUUACAAGGGCUACGAUAAAGAAGCUGGUACUGAAAUCGCUUGGUCUAAAAUACAUAUAACAGAGGAUUUAGAAAAGAACGAGGGAUUUCUUAAGCUUUUAUUGGCAGAAGGUGAUCUGAUGAAGUCUUUAGAUCAUGAAAACAUAGUUAAAUGCUAUGAAUCUUGGGUUGACAACGAAGAGAAAACCAUUCACAUGAUUACUGAAUACUUUCCUUCAGGAAAUUUACUGCAGUAUCUCAGAAAACAUAAGUCUGAAGACAAUAAUGCAGAAAUCAAGAACUGGUGUCGACAAAUUCUGGAUGCGAUUGCUUAUCUUCACAGUCAAACUCCGCCGAUUGUUCACCGUGACAUUAAGGCAGAAAACAUCUUUAUCAAUGAGGAGACAGGAAGUGUUAAACUCGCAGACUUUGGUUUCGCGCUGAGGCUUGAGCAGGAGACCUGUAACAGGAAAUAUGGUACGCCUCGUUACAUGGCACCAGAGGUUCAUAAAGGAAAGGAUUAUAAUCAGUUGGCUGACAUAUACUCUUUCGGGUUGUGCGUACUAGAGAUCCUCACUGGUGAACAGCCUUACAGCGAAUGCAGUUCAAAAGUCGAGUUUUUAUUACUGGUUGCAGACGGUGUUAAGCCUCCAGAACUCAGAAAAGUGAAAGAUAAUGAUGCUUAUGAUUUCAUUUAUAGGUGUCUGGCUCCUGCAUCUGAAAGACCCUCUGCAAUUGAACUCUUGAAUGACCCGUUUGUUGCACCGAGUUUUUCGAGCAUCCUAUCAGCAAGAUUUCUGAGUCUGGUGCAGAGGAUACAGUCUAUUUUAGAGUAUAGAUGCAUUUCAUACUUUGGUUCCUCUUCUAAUUCUGUUCACUAUUGCAUUGUAAUAGGGUGUCAGUGGGGAUGA